UACAUAUUAUGAAUAAUUCCUUUCAUUAAUUCGCCGACAUCUCCGUUUGGAGGCCUGGAAAUCAGAGUGAUUAAUUUAUGAGUCUCGCAAGAAUUUCCUCAACGCCUGCCUGUUGAUUGCAGCGCAGGAGUUUAUUUAUUAGCUGUUCCAAACGAGCUUGCAACUCAAGACAGCCUGGCAAUUAGUCAAAUGUUUUGCAUAUCGCCUUACACUUGUCAGCUUGUCUUCAAGGUCUAUUGCAAAGCCGUUUUUUUUAAUUCUUUUUUUCAAAGACUAACCUUGAUUUCUGACCGUGACGAGCACAUUUUUUGAGGUAAAUCUGACGAACUUUUCUUGAACGUCGCCACUUUUUGAUAGGCUUAUAAAGAAAAUACAGUGUCGGGUUCGCAGCCAAUUAGAGCGGGAUAUGGCCUACCACAUAUCGGGGUUAGGGGGGGAGAAGAGAAGUCCUGCCUUCUGGCGAUGAAAACGAGCCUCUGCUGCCCCUCGGACAGAAAUAAGUUAGGAAAGGGGAAAGAGCAGUCUUCGGCACUGCGAGGGAGUGAUUAAUCACGUCGGAGCGAAAUACUUGUCCGCCGCUUUGUGUAUCCAAUAAAUUACGGGCUCCUGAGACUUUUACGCACACAGGUGAAGCGUUGGAUGAGCGUAAAAGGAGGGGGGGGGACCGCUGCGCACCUUCUCUGCAGACGCGCCGCUUUAUAAGAGGAUACGCUGGACCUGGUGUGGGAUUCUUGUGCGCUGAGGAGCAAAUUGUCCCAUCGAAGAGGAACCCUUUGGAUUGCCUUCAUGUUGUUUUUCAAGACCUUGAGAAAAACCAGAGGUCUGUGAGUGCACCCGGAUGGUAGGAAGACAGUCGCUCCUGAUGGACAGCUCUAAUUGCUCCGGGGCGGUGGUGGAUGACAGCCCCGCAUCCAGCCCGAGCUCCAGCCCGAGUCCGGACGGUCGUCGUCGCGGGGAGCUCCAGCGGGCCAGAGUGCUCCAGACCGGCGGGCUCGGCGGCAGAGGACGGCCGGCUGCAGCGAACGCAGCGCGGGAGAGGAGCCGGGUGCAGACCCUGAGAACCGCGUUCCUGGAGCUACAAAGGACUUUGCCGUCCGUGCCGCCGGACACCAAACUGUCCAAACUCGACGUGUUGAUACUGGCCACCACCUAUAUUGCCCAUUUGACUCGAACACUACAAGAAGAAGGCGCGGAGGAGGGAGAGAGCACAAAACAAACAGAGGCGCUGCAGUCAUUGAAAGGUGAUGGCUACCUGCACCCGGUCAAGAAAUGGCCCAUGCGGUCCAGACUGUACGUCGGAGCAUCCGGACAGUUCCUCAACACCUCAAGUCCUUCAGAGUCAGAGAACCAGGGCCCAUCAUCGUCCACCUCCCGGAAAUAGGCUUAAAAUCAUUUGUAUGAAACUUCAUUUUUGCAUGACUCCAUGCUGUUUACUGUGGCAGAAGCCUAUGCCUUAUGAUUGUAGAACAAUUAGCCUACCUGCCUAUCUUCACUCCCACUACAGCCGACACAAAGACGUUGUAAAUUAAUAUAUUAUGUGAAUUUUAUUGUAUGAAUUUGGAGAAAGCAUACAUUAUGUUUCUCUGUUGUUAUUUUGGACUAAUCCUGUUUGACCUGCAUUGUGCAGUUCCCUACAUGUCCCAGGUAUGAUAUCUGUAGAAAUUCCAUUGGGGUAACCGGCCCGUCAUGCUUGAGGUGUGCACUUUCAGUUGAAACAUUUGCACUAAAUGCAUGUGUGAAUAACUUAACAUCUGUCAUGUGAAGUGGUCUGUCAGAGAGUCAACAAUGGAGGCUCUCCAUCUCGUGUUCCUUCUUACUUUUACAUGCAUGGUUGUAAAUGUAUUUGUGAAUAAAUGACUUCAGUGAGGGAAGACGAGUUUCCUAAGUUUUUUGACCAUAAUUGAAUAUCUUUUUUUUUUUUUUAAUUAGAGCUAUUCAAGAAAGUUAAAAUUAUAUAAUAACUAUUAUUAUUCUAAUAAAACAGUGACGGUAUUUUUCCAUAAAAACAAUAACACUGUUUUUGUGAUCACCGUAAAGUCGCUUUAUUUUUGUGCCAAUUAGUAUUAAAUCAAUGAAAUGUGGUGCUGACUUGUAAGUUAUAAAGAUUUUUUUUUCACAACGCAUUAUUUAAUUGCAGUAAAAUCACUGCACCACUGACGAAUAUGCGGUAUAGGCCUUUAGGCUGACAUCAGAAGUCCAAUGAGAUGAACGAUGAUAAACAUACACAUAGUUUAUGUUUGUGUCUCAGCUUGUUUUUAGUGUCAUCAUGGUCAGCAAAGCAAAAAAACAAACAAACAAACAAAACAAUUGUAUAUAUUUGCACAGACUGAAGGCGUAAAUAUUAAGCAAAUUAGCCUCUUCACAUUUAACAUUCUAACAAUUUAUUAUUUAAGUGGAUGCAAAGGUGAUAGUUACUGCUUCAGCCCUAUUGACGCUGAUUAUGAUCUGAUCUAUGAUCUGAUCUGAUUAUAGGCCUUUAAUAAUAAAUGAAAUACUAAUAAAUACAUGGGCAGAUCACAACAUUUCAUGUUUUUAUUCUAAGAGAUUGAGGAAUAAAAAAAAAAAUAAAAUACAAAAUAAAGACAAUAAAAAUAAACUAAUUUUCCACAACAGAUUUCGAAUUCGUGUCAAACCCGGAGCUUUUGUGUCAUGUAAUAGAAAGAAUGCAUACAUUGUUAAAUCUGAGCGUUAACUAAAUAAGACGAAGCUGGUGCUGAUAAUAUAAUCAUCAUCGCUCAGCUGUGCGCCUCCUGAGCCGCAGUCAGUGCGCAGCUCCGGGGCGCAGUGAAGAGGAGGUCGGAGCCGGAAACCCCUCCUCUUGUCCCGGACACUCAACCACGAGCAGGAGACCGCAGCGCUGCUCCUCGGCUUCUCUCAAAACCAAGAAAACGGCUUCAUGUGUGUUCAUCAAUAAGAUGGUUUGCCAAUGAAGAUGGAACAUUUUAUCUAUGAUUGGUAAACCUGAUCAGGUGUCAGGUCACCACUGCGUACUACAGAUGGCCAGAAACUGGUUUUCACCAUGUGGACCUUAAACUGAACUCUGCAUCGGAUGUCUUGUCAGAAGACACACCAGAUGUAAUCAUUUGUCACCUAUGCUAAUGAAGAGCUCUGUCCAGGUCAUGCUGUGUUCAGGAGAUGCACCAGAUGUAAUCCUUUCUCUCCUGUGCUGAUCGGGAGCUCCAUCUGAGAUCAUGCUGUGGUCAGGAGAUGCACCAGAUAUUGUUUUUGUGCUGAUCAGGUGAACAGUAGGUGCAGCAGUGACACCAGAACAGUUUACUGGAGCUGAGGGACCACCAUUUGGAGGAAGUCCUGAGUUUUAUUUGCCACAUUUCUUCAUUGAAAAGAGUAUUAAUAAACCUCUGCAAGAUAAUGCCUGGA